AUGCUAGCGGGUAAAAGAAUUGCACUGAAGAAACAAACUAAUCCUAGGCAAACAAGAGUACGUAAUGUCGCCAGAAGUGUAAUUGAAGGCGUAGGGGUAGGAACAGUACCUUUAGUCAAUGACUAUGAUCUUGAUUAUUUUGGAGAAAUAGGAAUUGGAACUCCCCCACAAUUGUUCACAGUAAUUUUUGACACUGGCUCUAGUGAUCUUUGGGUUCCUUCGAGCAAAUGCGCAGACAUACCGGAUAACGCUUGUGACAACCACAGACAAUACGAUUCCAGUCAAUCUUCAACAUACCAACCCAUUGGCAUCCCCUUUUACAUUCAAUACGGAUCUGGAGAGAUAAGUGGUUUCACAUCUGCAGACACUGUAGAGGUUGGUGGUUUUAGUGUACCUGGUCAGAUAUUCGCUGAAGCAACUGACGAAACCUCUCCAUCUUUCUUUUUUAGUUUAUUCGAUGGUAUUAUGGGAAUGGCUUAUCCAGAUCUGACAGCAUCAGGUGCUACUCCUUUUUUCCAAAACCUGAUCGCACAAGGAGGUCUUGACGCGCCAGUAUUUUCGUUUUAUUUGAGCCAAAUUGCCAAUGGCGAUGACGGAGAAUUGAUGCUGGGUGGAUCAGAUCCAAACUACUACACAGGAGACUUCGCCUAUACACCAGUAUCACGACCACUCUACUGGCAAAUUACUGGUCAAGGUAUUUCUGUAAAAUAUGGAAAAGUUACAAAAUACUUGUGUCAAAGUGGGUGCCAAUGUGUCAUAGAUACUGGUACUUCUCUGAUCUACGGACCACCUGAUGAAGUUGCAAUUAUUAACAAGGCACUUUGGGCAAAAUAUGACGAUAUUGAAGGACUAUACACCAUUAACUGCAAUUGGAAUUGGAGUCAUCUCCCUGAUGUAAAAUUUAACUUUGGUGGUAGGGAAUUUGCCAUACCUGCCAGAGCUUACAUCAUCAAAUAUGCAGGUAAAUGCUAUUCAAGUUUCUUGCCGGAGGAUUUCUCCUCUUGGGGAUUCGAUUGGUUGGUAGGUGAUACAUUCUUGAAAACCGUUUACAGUGUAUUCGAUUUUGGUAAUGAUCGUGUUGGGUUCGCAAAACUAGCUUAAAUAGAUGUAAAUUUCCAAAUAGUUAAUAAUAAAUUAG